GACAGCUCUGGAUUGUUGGGACUUUUGAAUUGCUUCGAGUUGUAAUUUUAUAUUUAUAACAUUCUUUCGUACUCAAUAUCCUUAGUUGUUCCAUUAAUCCAUGAGCUGAUUGCCUCUGUUUAUAUUUUUGUAGUUUCUAGUUGUUUUUGUAUCUGAUGUAUCAUAUUUUACUUUUUCUUAAUUUGUUGAUUUGUGGUAACAUUUUUCAAUUAUGCUUUCCAUAUUAAUUAGCGACUGCAACCACACUAUGUACUACAAGUUUAAUGAAAAAGGUUAAACACAUGGAUGAAGCAUUGCCUGAAUUUUUUAUGAAGUCAUUAUUGUAUCUGAAAAUAGAUAUAAUUUUUUGAAAACAUUACAUCAUGUAAUUGAAAAAAGAAGACUGAUAAUGACCAUGGAAAAAGACUGACAUUUAAACAAAAAAGGAAGAGAAGAAGAAAGGGAUGCUAAACAUCUGUGAUUAUAAAGUAGAGACUGUAAAAAAUAAUGAGAAUUGUUUCUCAGAAAUCAUUAAUUAUGAAAACAAUGUUGAAAUAGACUGUAAUACUUACAAUUUAUCUCAUAAGUCUGAAUUAAAUAAUACUCAAAAUCUACAAGAAACAAUGUUAUUUCCUACUGAAUAUAUGAGUCCAGAAGACUGCGCUAAUGUAAUUCCUAAGGAGCAAAAUUGUAUUUCAUUGAAGUGGAAAGGAAAAAAAUAUUUUCCCCAUUUUAAAACAAAAGUAGUCUCUUAUGCUUUGAAACAUUCUAUUAAAAAGGCAGCUUUAGACUUUAAAGUUAACAAAGGAACGAUAUCUGGUUGGAUUCAUGAAUCUCAGCACAGUACUAGAGGACCUAACAUCAAUGAAAUUGAUUUGGAUUAUUCUGGUCCUGAUGAACAGUUUAUUAAGUGGUUGAGAAGUUUUAAGAAAACUGAUGCCCUUCACAGGCAAGAUGUUGUUGAUAAAGUGCAAGAUAUUAUCCAUUCUUUUGAAAAGCAAGAACCAAAUAAAAAAAGUUUAUGGUUCUUUCUUUAUGCAAAAAGGCUAACCAACGAGUCAUCUCUUGAUAAGAUCAAAAUAAAAUAUCCUCUUGCAUUCAAGAAAGAAGUUGUUGACUGCACUAACUACAUAUCAAAGAAAAUGACCAGCAAAAUUUUUAACAUAGAUCGUAAAAGAAUAUGUGAAUGGGUUAGUGAUUCCUUGAAUGGUAUUGCAAAGGAAAGAGAUGUUUUUAAAUAUGUAACUGAUCCGAAAGUGGAUAAAAUGAUAUGGGAUUGGUAUUGCCUUCAACAAAAGAAGCCAUCAAGUAAAGAAAUUCGUUUAAAAGCAGCCAUUAUGUAUCAAGAGGCUGGUUUUUCAAAUAUGAGAUGCAGCCCAGGAUGGUAUUAUCGUUGGAGAUUAAGGUACCAGUUGCCUACAGUGAGAGGAUCUCAGGCUAGUAGAGAUGCAAAGCUUCUUGCCUGGGUAUUAACUCAGUUAGAUGAAAAUAAAUCUAUUUUUCAUUCAGAUCUGUUAGAACAAGCUGCCCUGCUUACAGGAGCAACCUUCAAGGCCUCAUCAAGUUGGGUAUUUAGGUUCAUAAAGAAAUAUUUGUCACAUUUCAAACCAGGAAUUUCUAACAUUCCUCUUCCAGAAAGUCUGAUUGAAGAAGCAGAUAAUUUUAAAAAACUUGUUUUAGCUACAAUCAAUAAGAAUGAUCCUCAACUUCAAAAUAUUGUAGCUUUUGACGAAAUUCCACUUAACUUCAGUUCAUCAGGAAAACAGAGCAGUCUUAUUGGAAAAUCUGACUGGGAAAACUGUCAAGCUUCUAUUAUUGUGUCAUGCCUCGCCAGUGGAAGACUGUUACCCACUACUGUGAUCCUAAAGACCCCGACUGAAUCUAACAUUUCUUGUAGCUCUAAUGUAGAACCAAUUUUAAUCCAAGCCAAUGGAAUUAAUGAUAUUUCUACAAUGGAAAAAUGGUUAGAAGUUGUACUCAGAUGUUUGACUACUCCUGCUAUGAUUAUUGGUGAUAUUUAUGAUCCUCAUGUUCAUAUAAAAAACACCUGUGUAAACGAAUUUCUUAAAAAAAAUAUCAGUUAUAUGUUAAUCCCAGGUGGUUGCACAUCCCAAUUACAGCCUCUUUGCUUUGGCAUUUUACAAAGAUUUAAGGAUGAAAUCGAAAAUCAGUGGGCCAGAUGGUGCCAUGAAAUGUCAAUUUCAAGAAAUUCCAAAUUAAGACAUCCAAAGAGUGACAAUAUAGUUGAUUGGGUUCAAAAUGCACAUUUAAUAAUUGCAAACUCUUGCAAAGAUCAAAUCAAGGAUUCUUUUAUUAAGGCUGGUAUUAUUGUAUAAUUUUAAAAUAAAGAAGUACAAAAUAGAGGUAGAAGACUCAUAUAAAGAGCAGAAGACUUCAUCAGAAAUAUAAUUUUUUUUCUAAUUAUUUACAAUGCUUAUAUUAUGUAUUUAAUAAUUUUAUUUAUUUUAUAAUGGAUAGACUGUCUUUUUAAAUUGUUAAUAAAAACUGUUACCCUUCAAAAUGAAAAUAAUCAAUAAUUUGACAACAUAUUUAAAC